AGGGACGGGGGGCUGCUGCGGGGGGGACGAUGUUCUACACGGAAGUGCCUCAGGCCUGUGUUGCUAGAAUGAAGCACAUCAACUUGUCGUUUGCAGCGUGUGGGUUUCUGGGCAUUUACCACUUGGGGGCAGCAUCCGCACUUUGCAAACACGGCAAAAAGCUCCUGAAGAGUGUCAAGGCCUUUGCCGGGGCUUCUGCAGGAUCCUUGGUUGCAUCUGUCCUGCUAACAGCGCCACAAAAAAUAGAGGAAUGUAACGAGUUUACCUACAGUUUUGCCGAAGAAAUCCGAAGGCAGACUUUCGGGGCAGUGACACCCGGCUAUGAUUUCAUGGCCCGCUUGAGGAGCGGAGUGGAGGCGAUUCUCCCUCCCAACGCGCACGAGCUGGCUCACGACCGCCUGCACGUCUCCAUCACCAACACCGAGACCAGAGAAAACUACUUAGUCUCCAGUUUUCCCUCCCGGGAGGACCUCAUUAAGGUCCUGUUAGCCAGCAGCUUCGUGCCCGUUUACGCAGGACUAAAGCCCGUGGAAUACAAAGGGCAGAAGUGGGUAGACGGAGGCUUUACCAACAGCCUGCCCCUCCUGCCCGUAGGCCGGACAGUGACCAUCUCACCAUUCAGCGGGCGAAUGGACAUCUCCCCGCAGGGCAAAGGGCAGCUGGAUUUCUAUGUGACCAUCACCAAGCAGGACAUACUGAACAACGGGACCAAGUUACCCUUGGGCCCCCAAAGGCAACGGACAGUGCGUGUGUCUCUGAGCCCACAAUGAGCUGGAAGGGAGACGGCCCAGCCUGCAGGGGCUGCAACGUGCCUACUGGCCACUGCAGCCCAAGACGUUCCUCACUUCAUGGCUCUACUACAACUGGAUGAAAUCUUCAGAGAAAAUAAGCACGCACCCCCCAAACUAGACACCCGAGAGUCUUAGAACACACUUAGGUGAGAGCCCCUCACGGCCCUCUGAGACAGCCGGACUCUGAGCCCCCGUGUCUGCAUGCAGGUUGGAGCGCUGGCACCCAGGAAGGCUGAGU